AGCAAACUCCGUCAUCAUUUAGAGCCCCGGAAACAUCGAGAGAGCGACGAGGGGGUUAUCUAAACCUGAGCGUACGUCGGAAGCUUCGACUCUUUCCGUUAAAACGACACCGAUUAAAGAAGCUCCUGAGAGUGUUGGAUGUUUCUGUAAGGUGCUUUCUGUCUCCGAGGUCCAGCAGUGUAGUUGGUUGCCAUGGCGUCUCCAGGAGGACAAGGAGGAGGAGCUCUGUCAACAAGAGGAGGAAGCGGUGCCAGGAGGAUGAAGUGGGCUCUGGAGCUGAGCCUGGGCAACACCAGGAGCCGCGGUGACCGGCAGGGCGGUCAGGGAGAUGUGGUUUACCCCAUCGGCUACUCUGAGAAACCGGUUCCCGACACCAGCAUCCAGGAGACUGACAAGAACCUGGUGGAGAAGAGGUGCUGGGACGUGGCCCUUGGGCCCCUGAAGCAGAUCCCCAUGAACCUGUUCAUCAUGUACAUGUCGGGCAACACUAUCUCCAUCUUCCCCAUCAUGAUGGUGUGCAUGAUGGCCUGGAGGCCCAUCCAGGCUCUCAUGUCCAUGUCUGCCACCUUCAAGCUGCUGGAGAGCUCCAGCCAGCAGUGGCUCCAAGGCCUCGUCUACCUGAUCGGAAACCUCCUGGGCUCGGCGCUGGCCAUCUACAAGUGUCAGUCGAUGGGACUGCUCCCGACACACUCGUCCGAUUGGCUGGCGUUCAUAGAUCCGCCGCAGAGGAUGGAGAUCAUGGGAGGAGGGAUGGUGUUGUGAAGAGGACCACGUGUGCAUGCAAAGGAUUGAUAUGUUGACCUUCAGAGGUUAGAUACUGUAAAUACUCCACCUGAGCCGCACCACCGAGGCCGCCCGGCAAAGCUGACAUGGAGGGAAAUCCAGCUGGCUUUUUUUCCCCGUCCUCAGCAGAUCCAGGCUCGACCGCAGCAGCUAAAAUGGCACCGCCAGGGUUUCAUCUCACACACACACACACACACACUAUUUGCCUUUUAUCAGAGAAACGUUACUUCCGCCAGCUGCUCUGCUUACGUUUGCCGUCACCUCUGACGUUCUUCUUUUCUUAAAGCCAGCUGAUCAUCAUAUUUACUUCUGUUCAACUACUGUAAUUUCACUUGACACAUACUUCACAUGCUAAAAAUACGAGAUUAUCGACAAGGUUAUUUUUGGAGGGUAAACAUCACUAAUGGCAGAGUGUUACCUGUAACUCCCGAGGGAGUCCCUGGGAGGAGGUCAUUUCUCAUGAAUAGUAGAGUAGUUUUCUUUUUUGUUUUCUUCCAUCAGUCGUUCAGUUUGUUGUGAACGCUUCAUUAUGUUAACAUGAACUCACCAAGCUAGCCCACAGCAUUUACUCACCUGUUUAAUUUAAAGGUUUGUUUAAUUUAUGCAGAUUUGUUUUUUUCCCUAUGAAAAUAUUCUAGGAAAUAAAUCCUUAUUGGUUGAAUUCAAA